AUGGACGAAAUUUCCCCUCCAAUCCCAUGCAGCAAAUCAGGCUGCAAAAGCUUUUCAAGUGGGCGUUGCGACCCAUGUGUUCAUUUACCUGGAGUCGAGAUUGAAAUAACGGGUGAACUCGUGACCAGUCCUUAUAUGAGGAAACCCUCUAGAAUCCGUAACCCACAAACCCUAGCCAACCACACUGGUGCCCCAAAGACAAGACCAUCAAACUUCCCGGUCAGCCUCUUCCCCGUCAAAGUCAAACCUUUCCCGCCUAAACUACCCACUCCCGUCGUUGGGUCGUCUACGUGGGUCGACACCAAGAAUGGACCGCCGGUUAAUACGCACAAGGCACUUACGGGUGCGUGUGUGAAUGCGGGUAUGAAGACCCCGCCUAGAUUGGCAUGGAAAAACCUGACGUCCAGUGCGAUUAGCAGUGGUGGCGGGAGAAGAAUGCGAAUGUACGUCAACUUUGAAGGGGUCAAACCAGGUCCUGGCAAGCCGAACACACCUGCUACUCCGGACCCAACACAACCACACCCACUCCCCCCAGAGUCGCCGUCACGCCUAACGACUCCCGGUGGACCUCCCAACCCCCAACUACUUCCACUCCAACCAACACCAAAGCCAACCCAAUCGAACGGCGACGUCAUGAUCUCCCUCUCCCCAAGUCAAGAAAAGAACCUGUACGGUCUACUCAGUAUCGAGAACGAGGACGAUCUUACGGAUUUGGAUAUGCAGUUGGCGUACGUCGUGCGGUGGGGGAAGACUGCCAUCGCUGCUUCAUCCACUGGGAACUUGUGGGGCCGGUAUGCGGGCGCCAGUGGCGGAGGCCAACUUGGGACAAGGAAGCCGGGGGCAAGAAGACCAAGCCAACUUUGGACGCACGAACCACGACCCUACAGGCGGCCAACUGAUGUGUCCCAGCCAUGGAAACUUCGUAAGAAGGAGAUAUGUUCCGGGAUGUCGAGACCUGUGAGGGAGGAAGAGAGGAAGAAGAGGGAGGCUUGGGUGGUCGGAAAUGCCCAGGAGCUGGAUGAACCGAAGUUACUGUACUAG